AUGGUUGGUCCGACUUUGUCAAGACAAACUCGCCCGAGUUACCCCCUUGGCCCCGAAAUUCAGCUUCUAGUGGCUCUCCGUUUUUAUGCAGUGGGGAGUUUUCUGGAGGUGGUUGGGGAUGGAUAUGGUGUGAGUAAAACAUCAGUGUGGCGGUGCGUUCACUCGGUCACAGACAUCCUGCUCCAACACGCCACGGAUUACUUCCGCAUGCAAUCCGCCAGGCACAAAGUAAUGGAAGCACAUCAGAGUUUUCAUUCCAUCGCCGGUAUCCCGCGAAUAAUAGGUCUUGUCGACGGGACACUUGUCCCUAUCGCCAAUCCAUCAGCGCUCGACCAGGCCUUCAUUUGUCAUAAGGGAUACGCGGCUAUCAAUGUCCAAGUGGUGGUGGACAGCUUUGUGUGGGCCAAUUCAGCACUGGGUCAAGACGCUGAAAGAGUUGUGUUUGGGCAAAGCUUUUUUUUAGGAGACAGUGGCUACCCCCUUAGAACGUAUCUUCUAAACCCAAUCAACAACCCCACCACGCAGGCCGAGCACAGGUACAACAGUGCACACAUACGUACCCGCAACUUGGUGGAACGCUCAAUUGGCCUUUGGAAGAUGCAUUUUCGGUGCCUGCAUAAAUCUGCCGGGGGAUUGCGUCUGAAGCCAGAAAGAUGUUGUGCAGUAGCAGUAGUUACAGCCAUGCUACACAACAUUGCAGUCACUGUAGGUGCUGCUGUGCCGGAGGAGGAGGAGGAGGAGGAGGAAGAAAAUGAGGAUGAAUUUCACAUUGUACCUCAACAAAGAGAUGCACUACAUGCCGCUGGUGUACAGACGAGGCAGCAAAUUAUUAACACAGUUUUUGGUUAA